AUGGCCGACAUCACCGACCAGCACGACCAGACGUCCCCUCAGGACAUUGACGACGCAAACUCGGUCGGCAACGGCACCGCCGCCGCCGAGUCUCGCGGCGUCAAGCGACAGCGUCCUACCCCGGCCGACGACGACGAUGACGACGACGAAAAGGGUGGCCGUGAGCGCCGCAAGAUUGAAAUAAAAUUCAUCUCGGACAAGUCUCGCCGCCACAUUACCUUUUCCAAGCGCAAGGCUGGCAUCAUGAAAAAGGCUUACGAGCUGUCUGUCCUGACGGGCACCCAAGUUCUGCUACUCGUCGUCUCCGAAACUGGCCUCGUAUACACCUUUACAACCCCCAAGCUCCAGCCUCUCGUCACCAAGGCUGAGGGCAAGAACCUCAUUCAGGCCUGCCUCAACGCCCCCGAACCCGCAGCUGGCGGCGAAAACGGCGUCGACGGCCCAGAAGGCGGCGACUCGCCCGAGGAGUCUGGAUCCCACAUACCUCCUCCUACCAGCCGCCCAGGCAUGCCCCAAAACCCUCACAUGCCACCAGGUAACUACAUGCCCAACAUGCCCCUCGAGGCUCAACAAGCUAUGGCCUACCAAAAUUACGUCCAGCGCAACCAGGCAUACGGAUCGGGCAUGCCUCCGCAGCCUGGCAUGGCUCCCAGCAGCCACCACCAGUCUUGA